UGGAAGCAAGACCUGACCUAAGGGAGGUCUUCAGCCUUAACCUAAAGUCUCAUACUUGGAGCACUAUGACAUCGCCACAGCUCGAGUGGACCCUGCAGACUCUUCUGGAGCAGCUGAACGAGGAUGAAUUAAAGAGUUUCAAAUCCCUCUUAAGGGCUCUUCCCCUGGAAGACGUGCUGCAGAAGACCCCGUGGUCUGAGGUGGAAGAGGCUGAUGGCAAGAAACUGGCAGAAAUUCUCAUCAACACAUCCUCAGAAAAUUGGAUAAGGAAUGCAACUGUGACUGUCUUGGAAGAGAUGAACCUCACAGAAUUGUGUAAGGUGGCAAAGUCUGAGAUGCUGGAGGCCGGACAGGUGCAAGAAAUAGAUAGCCCUCAGCUGGGAGAUGCAGAAGACGACUCAGAGUUAGCAAAGCCAGGUGAAAAGGAGGGACGGAGAAAUUCAGUGGAGAAACAGUCUUUGGUCUGGAAGAACACCUUUUGGCAAGGAGACACUGACAGUUUCCAUGAUGACGUCAUUCGGAGAAACCAACGGUUCAUUCCAUUCUUGAAUCCCAGAACACCCAGGAAGCUAACACCUUACACCGUGGUGCUGCACGGCCCCGCAGGCGUGGGGAAAACCACACUGGCCAAAAAGUGUAUGCUGGACUGGACAGACUGCAACCUCAGCCCGACGGCCAGAUACGCUUUCUACCUCAGCUGCAAGGAGCUCAGCCACAUGGGCCCAUGCAGUUUUGCAGAGCUGAUCUCCAAAGACUGGCCUGAAUGGCAGGAUGACAUUCCACACAUUCUAGCCCAAGCACAGAGAAUCCUGUUCGUGGUCGACGGCCUUGAUGAGCUGAAAGUCCCACCUGGGGCGCUGAUCCAGGACCUCUGCGGGGACUGGGAGCAGCAGAAGCCGGUGCCGGUCCUCCUGGGGAGUUUGCUGAAGAGGAAGAUGUUACCCAAGGCUGCCCUGCUGGUCACCACGCGGCCCAGGGCCCUGAGGGACCUCCAGCUCCUGGUGCAGCAGCCGAUCUACAUAAGGGUAGAGGGGUUCCUGGAGGAGGACAGGAGGGCCUAUUUCCUGAGACACUUUGGAGACGAGGACCAAGCCAUGCGUGCCUUUGAGCUGAUGAGGAGCAACGCGGCCCUGUUCCAGCUGGGCUCGGCGCCCGCGGUGUGCUGGAUCGUGUGCACGACUCUGAAGCUGCAGAUGGAGAAGGGGGAGGACCCGGCCCCCACCUGCCUCACCAGCACGGGGCUGUUCCUGCGCUUCCUCUGCAGCCAGUUCCCGCAGGGCGCACAGCUCCGGGGUGCGCUGCGGGCGCUGAGCCUCUUGGCCGCGCAGAGUUUGUGGGCGCAGAUGUCCGUGCUCCACGGAGAGGACCUGGAAAGGGUUGGGGUGCAGGAGUCCGACCUCCGCCCGUUCCUGGACAGAGACAUUCUUCGCCAGGACAGAGUCUCCAAAGGCUGCUACUCCUUCAUCCACCUCAGCUUCCAACAGUUUCUCACUGCGCUGUUCUACGUCCUGGAGGAGGAGGAGGAGGAGGAGGACAGGGACGGCCAUGCCUGGGACAUUGGGGACGUGCAGAAGCUGCUUUCCGAAGAAGAAAGGCUCAAGAACCCCGACCUGAUUCAAGUAGGGCACUUCUUAUUCGGCCUGGCUAAUGAGAAGAGAGCCAAGGAGUUGGAGGCCACUUUUGGCUGCCAGAUGUCACCGGAGAUCAAACAGGGAUUACUGCGAUGCAAAGCAAAUCUUCAUGCAAAUAAGCCCUUAUCCAUGACAGAGCUGAAGGAGGUCUUGUGCUGCCUGUACGAGUCUCAGGAGGAGGAGCUGGCGAAGGUGGUGGUGGCCCCGUUCAAGGAAAUUUCUAUUAACUUGACAAAUACUUCUGAAAUGAUGCACUGUUCCUUCAGCCUGAAGCAUUGUCGAGACUUGGAGAAGGUCUCCCUGCAGGUUGCAAAGGGGGUGUUCCUGGAGAAUUACGUGGAUUUCGAACCAGACAUUGAAUUUGAGAGGUGCACCUACGUAAGCCUUCCCAGCUGGGCUCAGCAGGAUCUUCGCUCUCUUCGCCUCUGGACGGAUUUCUGCUCUCUCUUCAGCUCAAAGAGCAAUCUGAAGUUUCUGGAAGUGAAACAAAGCUUCCUGAGCGACUCUUCUGUGCGGAUUCUUUGUGACCACAUAACCCGUAGCACGUGUCAUCUGCAGAAAGUGGAGAUUAAAAACGUCACCCCUGACACUGCUUACCGGGACUUCUGUCUUGCUUUCAUUGGGAAGAAGACCCUCACGCACCUGACCCUGGAAGGGCAUGUCGAGUGGGAACGCACGAUGCUGCUGCUGCUGUGUGAUCUGCUCAGAAAUCACAAAUGCAACCUGCAGUACCUGAGGUUGGGAGGUCACUGUGCCACCUCGGAGCAGUGGGCUGAUUUCUCCUAUGUCCUCAAAGCCAACCAGUCCUUGAACCACCUGCACCUCUCAGCCAGUGUGCUCCUGGACGAGGGUGCCAAGUUGCUGUACAAGACCAUGACACACCCAAAUCACUUCCUACAGAUGUUGUCGUUAGAAAACUGUCGUCUUACAGAAGCCAGUUGCAAGGACCUUGCUGCUGUCUUGGUUGUCAGCCAGCAGCUGACACACCUGUGCUUGGCCAAGAACCCCAUCGGGGAUACAGGGGUGAAGUUUCUGUGUGAGGGCUUGAGUUACCCUGAGUGUAAACUGCAGGCCUUGGUGUUACAGCAAUGCAGCAUAACCAAGCGUGGCUGUAGAUAUCUCUCAGAGGCACUCCAAGAAGCCUGCAGCCUCACAAACCUGGACUUGAGUCUCAACCAGAUAGCUCGUGGAAUGUGGAUUCUCUGUCAGGCGUUAGAGAAUCCAAACUGUAACCUAAAACACCUACGCCUCUGGAGCUGCUCCCUCAUGCCUUUCUAUUGUCAGCAUCUUGGAUCUGCUCUCAUCAGCAAUCAGAAGCUUGAAACUCUGGACCUGGGCCAGAAUCAUUUGUGGAAGAGUGGCAUAAUUAAGCUCUUUAGGGUUCUAAGACAAAGAACUGGAUCCUUGAAGACACUCAGGUUGAAGACCUAUGAAACUAAUUCGGAAAUCAAGAAGCUGUUGGAGGAAGUGAAAGAAAAGAAUCCUAAGCUGACCAUUGAUUGCAAUGCUUCUGGGGCAACGGCACCUGCGUGCUGUGACUUUUUUUGCUGAGCAGCCUGGGAUCGCUCUACGAAUUACACAGGAAGCGGGAAUCUGGUCUCUAAGAUGUUUUAUGAAUGAAGGUCAGAGGGUCACGUGUUAACACUAGAGUCUGUGUCAAGAUGUCGAAUUUGACACUGGUUUUCUCGCUGUUUGUGGGAGAUUCUGCACAAGUCACACACCCACUUCACAUCACACUACGCACCUUCUCACGGGGAUAAUAAAGUGAGCACUCU